AUGUCCGAAUCAUAUCCCAGAUUGAAGCACGAGCAGCUAUCAUUGGAAUAUUUCGACGAAGGGUUUAAGUGUAGACUCAAUCCGUCUUUCGAGGACAUACAUGGCGAUGGUCUGGCAAGGUAUACUUUGAGAAUCAAUUUCCCAGAAAAUCUGGAUAAGAUCUUUUGCUCUGAUAAGAGUGAUUUUCUAUACGCUCUGACUAUCGAAAGAAUAGUAACCGACCGCCAAGAGAUCCUAAAGGAUGGUUCUCAGAAAUACAAAGCGCCCAGGAUAGGAUAUGCCCUUCCCGAUCCGUCCUCUCGAAUGUCGCCUCGAGAAAACCGCUAA